AAAGAUAAUACUUUUUCUUAUUUCAGAAAAAUGAUAUCAUUAUCAAUUAUUUUUGCUGUGUUAUGUGGUGCCUCUGCAGUUCCUAAUAUUACUGACAAAUGUCAAUUUACAUCAGACUGUCGUGAUUUCUGCAGAUAUACAUCGGACGCUGCUUGUUACUGUAGAUUUGGAACCUGUAUUACUGUUUUACUCCAAUUUUGGGGUAAAAAGGCUACUCCACAGUGUAAGAACUUCUCGGAUUGUGAUUGUAGGAAAACACCAAAAACCUGUUUCUGCAAGAACGGAAAAUGCACUAAGGAAAAAUGGGAGUGCCAUAAAAAUGCUGAUUGUAAAGCAAUGAAAAAGUGUUCUGGCAAAGAAUGUACUUGCAAGGGUAAUCUUUGUGAGUAUGAGUGUGCAACUGCACAAGACUGUGUAAAGGGAGAUUUUUAUUGUGCAAGAAGUAUUGGUGAGAAGUGUGGGUGUAAAGAACAUCUUUGUACUGGUAUACAACUUCCUAAACAAUGCGAGGAAAUUUCGGAUUGUGUCAAGCUAGGAAAAUGUACUGGAGAUGCUCCCUGUGCCUGUACAUCAAAUCAGUGUGUUGACCCUUAUUAUGUUGAAUAUAAAUGGAGAAAGGACCAUCCAACCAAAAACUGCCAAGACGUUGAGGACUGCAACUAUUCUAUUGCCAACUGCCAGAAUGAUAAGUGCACCUGUGAGAAAAUGGUGAAGGUUGAAGAAAACAGUUCUUGGGGAGAGUGCACACCUAAACAAAACAUAUAAAAUUUUGCUUAAAUUUCAGAGUUAAUAUCAUGAUCUUGCUUUAAUACAGUUUAAUAAUUGUAUCGUAAUUUGAAGUUAAUAAAUAUUAACAUGGUCAA